AUGUGCGGUUUCCUGCAAGGCAUUAAUGACAAGUUUGAUUGGACUCGACACAAGGGAAGCACACCUUCUACCGAUACAGGACCUUCCUUUAAUCACACCACUGGAAACUUGACCGGUGAGCUCUUAACUUUUAGCCAGUCCUACUAUUAGCAACGAGGACUGUUGUAACGUAUAACAAAUUUAAUAGUCAGUUGGUCGGCAUUUCUACUUCAUUUUUAGCAUGAAAAUAUCGCUAGUUUUAGUCUUGCAAAUUUAAUUACAUGUCACUCUUUUCUACCCCUUUUUUGUUGUUGUUGUUGUUGCUGUUGUUUUCUUAGAUUAAACUGCUCGUUUUUGUUUCUUUUUUUGUUGCUUGUACGUUGCACAGGUGUAUUAAAUGUAGGCGAGAGUAUCUAAUUUCGACUGCCUCUUCGGAUCGGUGCAACUACAAGGUUGCAGUUACUCUUUACAUCCGUGGGCUUUGUUAUCAUUUGCCCUUUUAUUCUACCAUGAAUAUAAUACGUCUGUUUUCAAAGAAAAAAAUAAAACGAAUAAAAGGAAACUUGGGAACUUACUAAUAGGUACUUCAGAUGAUCAUUCUACGUCAUUUAAGCUGAACUAACGUUGUUAGAAUACUGUUUUAAGUCAACUGGAUACUUUUUCAGUGCCUUCUGGUCAAUGUUUUCUCUUGUUGCCUUCCUUACAUCUUUUCCUCUUUGUAGGUUAUUACAUGUGCAUUUUUUAGAAAUAUUUAGUCCACAGGAGAGAGCUGAAUGAUAUGACAAAAUUGGACCGUCCUCUACCGAAAAAGACUAAGUUGCUACUCUCUAACCAUCUUCAACCCUAUAAGGUUAUUACAUGUAUAUAGAAGCAUCCAUUCUAAGACAACCAGGUGAUAACGCAAAAUUGUACAGUCCUCCACUGAAAUUCUUUGGGAAUAUGUGCCUUCAGUUCUAUUACCAUAUGUCUGGUGCAACUACUGGAAGCCUGACUGUCACCGUAAGUGGGAACUUAGUGUUCUCUGCACGUGGUGAUAAAGGAAACAUAUGGUAUAAAGCCAGCGUAAAUGUAUCAGCUAUCGAGGGAUUGCAUAGGGUAAGCUAUGCGUUAUUUUUGUGUCUCUUCUAACAACAACAAUAACAACAACCGAAUCUUUAUUUUUAUCAACUCAUUGCUUAACAAUAAAUUAGGAUAAUGAAAAUAUUGAAAGUAAAAUUAGAAUUUAAACUUUAAUAACCCCAUCAAUGGCGGUAAAAAGCUGUUCUCUGAGAGCAGUAAUUGGGGAAGCCAACCGGGUUGGGAGCCAUAAGCCACUAAUAGCUCACUUUUUUUUUUAAUUUAAUUGCCAUUAAAGUACAGCUGCUGGUCCAGGAAUUUUUUAAUAAAGGGUUCCGAACUUGUGCUCACCGUUGAAAGUAUGUUACAACUGUUUACCACUGAUAGUUUUCACCAAUCCUGGCCAUCAUUUGCUGUUAUUUAGUUAAAUUUAUAUAAACUACGUAGAUUCAUCUCUGCGAUCCUUAAGUGGUAGAAGUUUCAGUUUUACUGAAAGCACCUUCAAUAACAAGACUUUUCUGGUCUGAAGGGUGCGCAGGUCCACCAUCCAGAAGACGUCUUUCGGGUCUCGGGUCUAUGUUCUCCAAAUCUUGCUUUUAGCCAUAAGUUUCUGUACUAGCUUGUACUUCGGUCUGUAAUGAAAAACUAAAGACAAGACUCUAUCCGUUAUAAUACUUCGUCUUUACCAUUAAUCAUAAAUUAAGCACAUAAAAUAUAAGUGAUGUACCAUUUGGUAACAUUAUUUAGUCAUAGCAAGAUUAUUCUUUCUUAUUCAUAGUGGUGCAAGUAAGUCCGUAAAUGUAGUGCAAAAUAUGAUGCGCUUGGUGUUUCCAAGAGGAUCUGUUUUGCUAUUAGCCGACUUUUCCUUAUUUCUAUUAUAAUUGUUAAGUUUGUAGUUUUUGACAAAUUUGAAGAUAAUUGUUCAUUAAUUUCAAGACAUUAAUAACAACAGCGACUCUUCCGGACUGAUUGCACCUUUGACAGGUAACAUUUGAAGCCGUAGUGGGAAGCAGUUACACUGGCAACAUAGCAAUUGACGACUUCUCCUUGACAGCAGGGUCAUGUCCUUAUGGUAAGUUUUUUGACUAAAGGGUGCACUGUCACCUAUUUUGAAAUUAAAAAAAGACGUCUUUGCAAAUUUUGAGAGCGUGAAGGGGGGCCAGGACACUUGAUAAGCAAAUAGACAAGAUGUUACAGGGCUCUGUUUUCUUUUAUUCUCCCCACCGGUGACGGACGUUUUCAGUUGUUGCUUCACCUACUUCAACUGCAACUAUUGGCGAACUUAAAAGCUGUUUGUAUAUAUAUACACAGUCCGUAGUCCGUGUUUUAUACUCAAUCCGUAGUUUCUAGUCUGCAUUUUAUACCUAGUCCGUGUUUUAUAAACAGUCCACAGUCCGUGGUCCGCAGUCUGCAGUCCAUGUUUUAUACUGACCGGUUCGAUUAGGUUCGAUUGAGUUCGAUAAAGUUCGAUUACCCAACAGUUUGCGUGGUUACGUCUGCAUUUAAGAGGCAAUGUCCCUAAAAGUGUUCCACUCGAUUUCAGACUCGAAAACAGUUUUGCUUUAUAUUUAUAUCAUCAAUACCACUAUCCAUCCUUAGAACUAAAUUGCAGUUAGAAUGAGGAAAUAGUUUAUUUUACUGCCAUCCUCAGCAUUUCAUCUCUGAACGACCGUUACCGGCUAAAAUAUGCAAAUUUUAGACGCUGUUAUUCAGCUUUUUUAACGAUCGUUGAAAGCUACUACGGGCCGUGGAUAAAACUUAGACCAUUUGCACUCAUUUGGAAAUAUAUUAUUUCUUCUUACUGUUUCAAUACGAUUUAGUCGUAUCUCUCUGUAAUCAGCAAAAACAGGUUAUCUUUAUUCUUGUAAUUCAAUUAAGUAAGAAAACUGCACCAAAAUGUUCCUCAGGAACUUCAUAAAAUUCUUAAAAGUGGCAACUAACCUAGACCUAAAAACAUGUUUUGGUUAAAGAUAAAGAGGUAUUUUAUCAAUUUAUGCAAUAAACUUGUGGCACAACGCGAUUCAGGCUUGAAGGUUUCGACUCAAAUUUGCAUAUUGAUGCAGAAUUCGCGUCGCGUGACACCGGCUGCUUUGACAGUAAAUGUCUCCAAAUAGUUGCCGCUCGGAAGUAAAAUAUGUUUUUUUACCGAAAAAAAAAAAAAUUUUCUUCCUCUUCCAGGUGAUAACGAAAAAAUGUACAGUCCUCCACUGAAAUUCUCUGGGAAUAUGUGCCUUCGGUUCUAUUACCAUAUGUCUGGUGUAACUACUGAAAGCCUGAAAGUCACCGUAAGUGGGAACUUAGUGUUCUUUGCACGUGGUGAUAAAGGAGGCAAGUGGCGUAAAGCUAGCGUAAAUGUAUCAGCUAUCGAGGGAUUGCAUAGGGUAAGCCAUGCGUUAUUUUUGUGUCUCUUCUAACAACAACCGAAUCUUUAUUUUUAUCAACUCAUUGCUUAACAAUAAAUUAGGAUAAUGAAAAUAUUGAAAGUAAAAUUAGAAUUUAAACUUUAAUGACCCCAUCAGUGGUGGUAAGACGCUGUUCUCUGAGAGCAGUAAUUGGGGAAGCCAACCGGGUUGGGAGCCAUAAGCCACCAAUAGCUCACUUUUUUUGUUAAUUUAAUUGCCAUUAAAGUACAGCUGCGGGUCUGGGAGAUUUUUAAUAAAGGGUUCCGAACCAAACUCGUUCCCAGGGUUCUCUCCAACCCGCGCUGAAAGUAUGUUACAACUGUUUACAACUGAUAGUUUUCACCAAUCUUGGCCAUCAUUUGCUGUUAUUUAGUUAAAUUCAUAUAAACUACGUAGAUUCAUCUCUGCGAUCCUUAAGUGGUAGUAAGUUCAGUGUUACUGAAAGCACCUUCAAUAACAAGACUUUUCUGGUCUGAAGGGUGCGCGGGUCCACCAUCCAGAAGACGUCUUUCGGUUCCCGAGUUUAUGUUCUCCAAAUCUUACUGUAGCCAUAGGUUUCUGUACUUCGGCUGUAAUGAAAAACUAAAAAAGUCGACAACACUGCAUCCGUUAUAAUACUUCAUCUUUACCAUUAAUUACAAACUAAGCACACAUGAAAUAUAAGUGAUGUACUAUUUGGUAACAUUAUUUAGUCAUAGCAAGAUUAUUCUUUCUUAUUCAUAGUGGUGCAAGUAAGUCCGUAAAUGUAGUGCAAAAUAUGAUGCGCUUGGUGUUUCCAAAAGGAUCUGUUUUGCUAUUAGCCGACUUUUCCUUAUUUCUAUUGUUAAGUUAGUAGUUUUUUGACAAAUUCGAAGAUAAUUUUUCAUUAAUUUCAAGACAUUAAUAACAACAGUGACUCUUUCGGACUGAUUGCACCUUUGACAGGUAACAUUUGAAGCCGUAGUGGGAAGCAGUUACUUUGGUCACAUAGUAAUUCACGGCCUUUUCUUGACAGCAGGGUCAUGUCCUUAUGGUAAGUUUUUUUGACUAAAGGGUGCACUGUCACCUAUUUUGAAAUUAAAAAAAGGACGCCUUUGCAAAUUUUGAGAGCGUGAAGGGGGGCUGGGGCACUUGAUAAACAAAUAGACAAGAUGUUACAGGGCUCUGUUUUCUUUUAUUCUCCCUGCCGGGGACGAACCUAUUCAGUUGUUGCUUCACCUACUUCAACUGCAACUAUUGGCGAACUUAAAAGCUGUUUUUAUAUACACAGUCCGUAGUCCGUGUUUUAUACUCAAUCCGUAGUUUCUAGUCUGCAUUUUAUACCUAGUCCGUGUUUUAUAAACAGUCCACAGUCCAUGGUCCGCAGUCUGCAGUCCAUGUUUUAUACUGACCGGUUCGAUUAGGUUCGAUUGAGUUCGAUAAAGUUCGAUUACCGAACAGUUUGAGUGGUUACGUCUGCAUUUAAGAGGCAAUGUCCCUAAAAGCGUUCCACUCAAUUUCAGGCUCGAUAACACUUUCGCCUUAUAUUUAUAUCAUCAAUACCACUAUCCAUUCUUAGAACUAAGUUAGAGUGAGGAAAUAGUUUAUUUUACUGCCAUUCUCAGCAUUUCAUAUCUGAACGACCGUUACCGGCUAAAAUAUGAAAAUUUUAGACGCUGUUAUUCAGCUUUUUUAACGAUCGUUGAAAGCUACUACGGGCCGUUAGGGACCUGUCAUUAUUUAGCGGGGGGGAAGGAGGGCUACUAUGUUUGGGGGGAGGGUUACAAUUUUUUUAGUCUCACUUUGGGGAGGGCCAUUUUUUUAAAAAUGACUUUGAGGGGAGGGCUACGAAUUUUUGAGCUCAUAAGUAUUCUGUAAGUAUUUACCUCAAGUUUCACACUCACAAUUCUCUUUAUUUGAGUCAACUGUAUCCGUUUUAUGUAAUUACACAUGUAAACAUGGAGCCCUGUUUUACAAAAAGUCUCUAUAAAGAAUAUCUGUUUUCUAAAACACAUAAUAACUGAAUUUGUUUCCUAGUGCAAAGUUCUUACAAUUUUAAAAACGGAACGUUAGAGAAAGUCAUUAGUAAACAGCACUGAUAGAAACAUUUGAUCAUGUACACCGUCACCAAAAGAUAACGAUGCUGUUGUCGGUGUUUUUGGAGGAUUUUCUUGCCUAUUACGGGUAGGUAAUAGGCAAAAUAUUUUGAUAUCAAAGGCGGUUUAAAAACAAAGGAUACAAUCAGGCUUAAGGCUGAAGAAAAGGAAAGAAAACCAAGCAAAAUGAACCAGGAAAAACGUAAAUAUUCGAAAUUUAGUCUGAAAGAUGAUCCAGGUAUGGCAUGGACUCUGAGGAAUCAUUCCAAUAUGGACCAUAAUCUUCAAUAUCUGACGAAGAUGCCUCUCCUGGUUUGGGCAAUAUAGAAACGCUGCAGUCAUCAUCAUCACUUUCGUCUUGUUCCACUCCAGGCAACAUCAUCAUGAUCUUCAUCAUCCACGAUCUUAUCGUCGACGUGGGAGGAAUUAGUUGCUUCACCUCUUUCCUUGCCUAGUAAGCCUGCGAGGUAGUCCUUCGCGUCACUGCCUAGCUGAAAUGUGUCAUUUUGGGAUACCAAUAAUUCAAUAAUAAAAAUAAUUAAACAAUAAUUUAUUAUAAUUAAUAAUUCAAUUUAAUUCAAUUCAAUGAUCUUUUGCAAAACUGCUGACGUCCUCUGAGAGGUACGAACAGCCUUACGUUUUGCAGCGCGGUGUUUAUUCUGUUUUUUUUUUCCAACGAUAUUUCCUCUUUAAGGGUGCAUAAUCAACCUGAAAGAUAUUUGAGGCCUUUGCUCCGAGCUCAUGAUCAGUGAGCUUGGAUUUAGUCGUAGCUAGCUUGGUUUUGCAAACAUCUUCAUGGCCAGAAUAGAAAAACAAAUAUUGAGUCAGAGUUGCAUCAAACCGCUUUUUUGGAAAAGGUAUAUUGACGAUGUGUUUUCGCUAUGGAACACAAGUCUAGACAAAAUAGAGAGUUUUGUGAAAAAGGCAAAUAAUUUUCACGCAACGAUAAAGUUUACAGCUGAAAUGUCAGAAACAGAAAUCACGUUCUUGGACACAAAAGUGUACAAAGGGGUUAGAUUCGACAAGGAAUCAAUCCUAGACGUGCAAACACAUUACAAACCAACAGAAACAUUCCAGUACACGAACUUCUACUCGUGUCACCCACCAGGCGUGAAAAAAGGCUUCAUCAAAGGGGAAGCGCUCAGGCUUCUAAGGACUAAUUCCUCGCAGGUCACAUUUGAGAGGAAUAUCAGAAAUUUUCACAACCGCCUGUUAGAAAGAGGCUACCCUGCCGCUAUUUUAAGAAAGUACCUCUCUGAGAUAAAAUUUGCCAACAGGAACGAAAACAGCCCUACAACAGAGAAACAAAUCCGCACGCAAAAAACUUCUACCUUUUGUUACACAAUACCACCUGGCUUUACCUAGCCUGAAGAGAAUACUUAUGGGGAAAUGGCACCUUAUACAAAACCAUGCAGCAACGACUAAGAGAAAUCUUUAAGGAGCCUCCCUUCAUAUCUUAUCGCAAGGGAAAAUCUCUUAAGGACCUACUAGUUAGAGCGAAGCUCUGAAGGUCACACUACUUCCAAUACGACUUAGUGCUGGAGUCGUGUGAUGCCCGUCGCUUAUUUUUAACCAUUUCCUUCCUUGAUCUCUACCUCGACAAACAUAAUAUUAGAUGUUCCAGGACCACACUUAAACGUGACAAAAUAGACAUUGUUGCUGCCCACAUUGCGAGAUCUUUAGUUAACGGCGCAGAUAUGGUAAACGACGAGGAAGACGAUGUCGAGGAUGAAGAAUCAGACGACGAAUAUGAAAAUGAUGUUGUACUGGAGGAAAUUGGCGAAGAAAAUGAUCAAGAAGAAGCGACAGAUACCGGCGAGAAAAGUGAUACAGAUCAAGAUUACGACGAGAGUGACAACGAAAGCGACGUUGGCAAUGAUUAUGAGGACGAUGAAGACAGUGAGAAGGACGAUCAUGACGACCAUGAUGUCGGCGACAAUGAGGGUCUACAAAUCAGUGACAUCUUGUGUACUACCAAAGUAGGUAGAACAUGCAGGACAUGGAAAUUAAAAGCAAUUGCAAGAUAUGUCUAUUAUUGAUUAAAGUUUGACGUGCAAAAAGAAACAUUGAAUGUUAUUUUUUAACAACCGUUCGACUAUUUUGUCCUGGGGGAGGGUCACAAUUUUAUUAAAUGGAGUAAGGAUGGGGGGGGGGUUGAAGGUUUUAAAACUCUCAGAAGGGAGGGCCACAAGUUCUUGGCUGACUCUUUUCCUCAUUCUCGUAGCCCUCCCCCCGCUAAAUAAUGACCGGUCCUUUAAAACCUAGACCAUUUGCACUCAUUUGGAAGUAUAUUGUUUCUUCUUACUGUUUCAAUACGGUUUAGUCGUAUCUCUCCGUAAUCAGCAAAAACAGGUUAUCUUUAUUCUCGUAAUUCAAUUAAGGAAGAAAACUGCACCAAACUAUGCCUCAGGAACUUCAUAAAAUUCUUAAAAGUGACACCUAACCUAGACCUAAAAGCAUGUUUUGGUUAAAGACAAAGAGGUAUUCUAUCAAUUUAUGGCAUAAAACUUGUGGCACAACGCGAUUCAGACUUGAAGGUUUCGACUCAAAUUUGCAUAUUGAUGCAGAAUUCGCGUUGCGUGACACCGGCUGCUUUGACAGUAAAUUUCUCCAAAGAGUAGUUCCCCCUCGGAAGUAAAAUAUGUCUUUUUUAACCGAAAAAAAUUAUUUUCUUUCUCUUCUUCCUUUUUCAAUAAAUAUAUCUUCAGAAAUAUAUUCCUAAAAGUUCAGCAGCCAAACUUUUUUAAAUUUUAAUUUACUAAAUAAAUCGUUUUAUUGCUACCUUAGCGUUAUGUGACACGAUUUGGUGGGUUCAUUCGAAGCAUAGUCACAGGGCGAGACUUAAGAAGGGACCAGAAAGUCAGUCAUUGCAUUUGCUUGUUACAAUAUUUUGUUAUAAUUAUUGAUAUUAUUAAGCUUAAAAAUAAUAAAAAAUGCCAUUGGGCAACUUUUUUUCUACUUUAUUUACAGGAAAACUAAACGGAAGUAUACACCAUUAAAUUUACUUACCUUUGCCACUACUAACCUUUGUUAGUCUCGCCCUUCCGUACGUUCUUUAUUCGACACACAGCAGUUGCGUUUUUAGCGAACAUUUUUUUUUUUACAGAUAAAAUUAAGUAUUUUCAUUUUACAGCGGGCAAGUCCUUCACGAAUUGACCUUUACGCUGUAUGGGACGAGAGUACACGGUAAUCCUUAAAGAUAAAUUGUGAAAAUGAGGAUUGUACCAAAAGCCGAGAAAUCGAAAACCAGAAUAGGGUGUCUGCUCACGUCUACUCCAAAUUUUAAUUACGUGUUUAUGAAUUCCCAUCGCGACUAAACUGAUUGCUAUUUUCGCUUGAAAACGGGGAAAUGUGUACAGUCAAUGUCUAGAUACCUCAACUUAAGCAACUUUAGUAAUAGUAGGUCAUAGUACAUUAUUAAGGCGUGAUGAAUCAACCAUCCACUAAUCGCAAAUUUGAUAGGCCGUGCUACAUGUUGUCAAUAGCUUGGGUUCGUUAUAUGAAAAUUGUAGCGUGAGUCUUUAUGGUCAUAUUUCAGUCUGUAUUUGGUUUGUUAUUCUUUGUGCUUUAGUCUCUUCUGGGAAUUCCGAGACAGUCUGGACCGUUAGAGAGGGAGCCUUGAAUUCAAGUUGGAAUUUUGAUAUAUCGAACUUUGGUUAUUCAGUGAUGAACAGUGAGUGAAGUGAGCUUGACAGUGUUCGAUUGGCGGAUUUAUAAGAAAACAAUUAGAUUAUUCAAAUAUUUUAUCGAAUUAAGCGUCACCGUUUCAUGUCAUCGCGUAAAAGUCACAUAACAAAUGCGAAAAAACUCAACCCGCUAAAGAAUUUUCGAAAAAAAAAUUAACUAAGACCUGCACAAUAAAAGCUUAUUGAUUCAGUUACAAGAAGAAAUAUUGUUGUCCCUUUUGUUUGAUAAAAGGGACAGUCGACUCUUUUCAGCAGUUGCAUUCUUGGAUAACCUCCGUUAAAGGCCCAUGCAUGUUCACCCUAGAUGCAUUGCGCGCCCUGUACUCCAGAAAAAAAGCAUUUCGCGAAGUUGAAAAUUGCUGCCUGCAGUAUGCAGAGUCAAUCUUUGUUAAUCUUCCACAGUUCGCUAAAUUUGGUUUAAAAGAAAGUCUAAACAGGUUCUUUUGGUAUUUUUCUUUACAUCUUUUUGGAUAUUUUGGUCUGGUAUCGAGCCUUUUUGUUUCCGUGUUUGUUUCACUGCAGCACUUUCGAUGGCGGCGCCAUCGAAACGUACGGACCGUGUCGACGGGGGUCGCCGAAGUACAUUCGUCUCCGUUAAUCCGUUUUUUAAUCUCUGGAGAGAUGGGAAAGAAGCUCUUGGCUGUAAAUUCUACAGACAGCGUGUUUGCCGAGUUCCUUCUACAUCGAAUGUUCAAUUGUAAACAAAGGUCCCGUUGAAAUCAGUUGAAAGCAAAACAAGCGAGUCAAUCUAACAUGAACAAUGCUUUAUUUAUAUCCUUAACGUAAACUUAUCGUCUGGCGUAUCACGAUUAAAGCUCUAAAG